AUGCAAUACGUGGGCAAAGUAGGGGGAUAUGUAUACAACCAAUGGAAUUCAUUAAAUCCCGCUACAUUAUCUGGUGCAAUUGAUGUAAUAGUAAUUGAACAUCCAGAUGGAACAUUACAUACUUCACCAUGGCAUGUAAGAUUUGGAAAAUUUCAAAUAAUUAAACCAUCACAAAAGAAAAUAGAUUUAUAUGUUAAUGAUGUAAAGACUAAUUUACCUAUGAAAUUGGGAGAAGGAGGUGAAGCUCAUUUUGUUUUUGAAGUAGAUGAUAUAAAUCAUGAAUUAUCAAAUAGUGUUUUAACUUCACCUGUUAUUUCACCUGUUUCUUCUCCAGGAAGUUAUGCAGCUUCAGGAAGUGAUAAUGAACCAGAUGAAUUAGAUUUAGAUGAAAAAAGUAAAUUAAGUGAUAUACCUAGUCCCAAAAGUCCUUCACAAAAAGCUAAAAUAGCAAUGGAAAAUGCAAGGAAAAUCACUAAAAAAUUAAAUAUACCAACAAAAAUAGAUAUGAAUGGAGAUAUGCUAAUAGAUAUGGAUGGUUAUAAACCAAAUUCACAAAAAAAUAUUGAUAAUUCGGAUGAAUUAUUUAAAAAAAUAUUUUUAGAAGAAAUUGAAGGAGAUUAUGCAAAUGGAGAUAAUGCAGCAAAACCUUGGAAUCAAAUAAUAACAAAAGAUGAAAAUGGAAAUAUUAGAAUUUCAAAUAUUUCUGAUUUAGAAGGUGUUGAUAUUGAAGAUGAUUUAAUUAGUUCUUCAACUACAGCUACUUCAAAUACAACUGCAUCAGGUACAAUAUCUAGAACAUCUACAAUUCAAGAUGAUAAAAUAUAUUUUAAAACUUUAAGAUUAACUUCUGAACAAUUACAAAAUAUGAAUUUAAAUUAUGGUCAAAAUUCUUUGAAAUUUAAAUCAAGUGAAGGUACUUCUCAAGUCACUGCAAAUUUAUAUUUAUGGAAAGCAAAUGCUCCAAUUGUGAUAUCGGAUAUUGAUGGUACUAUAACAAAAUCAGAUGCAUUAGGACAUGUUUUAAAUUUAAUAGGUAGAGAUUGGACUCAUCCUGGUGUUGCAAAUUUAUUUCAAGAAAUUAAUCAAAAUGGAUAUCAUAUAGUUUAUUUAACUGCAAGGUCAGUAGGACAAGCUGAUUCAACAAGACAAUAUUUGGAAGGUGUAGUACAAGAUGGUUUAACUUUGCCAAAAGGUCCUGUGAUAUUAAGUCCUGAUAGAACAUUUGCAGCAUUAAGACGUGAAGUUGUUUUGAAAAAACCAGAAAUUUUUAAAAUGGCUUGCUUAUCAGAUUUACGAAAUUUAUUUUAUGAAAAAUCUGAAACUAAUGAUGAUGAAGAUAAUGACCAAACACCAUUUUAUGCUGGAUUCGGUAAUAGAAUAACAGAUGCUAUAAGUUAUAGAUCAGUACAUAUUCCAAGUCAUCGUAUAUUCACAAUAAAUCCAAAUGGAGAAGUUCAUAUGGAAUUGUUAGAAUUAGCUGGUUAUAAAUCAUCAUAUUUACAUAUUGGAGAAUUAGUGGAUCAUUUUUUUCCACCAAUAAAAGAAGUUAACACAAUUUCAUCAUAUUGGAAUAAUGCUCAAUGGUCAGAAUAUAUGCAAAAUCAUGAUAUAAAUGAUUAUGAUGCAAGAUCAAUAAAUACGCAUUAUCUGCCACCAGGAUCACCUGGUCCAACCCCUGGAUCACCACGUAAUUAUGUUGAAGAUUAUAAAACUGAUGAAAAAUUUAAUGAUGUGAAUUAUUGGAAAACAAGUUUGAAUUUUGAUGAUUUGAGUGAUAUUGAUGAAGAAGAUAUGACGACUAAAAAUUUAAAAGGAAAUGGAAAAUUACUGCAUCAUGAUCAUGAAAAGAAAGACCAUAGUGAUAAUCCGGAAUUAUUACAGAAACUGAAAAGAUCAAGAGCCUCAACUAUUGAAAGACCGUUAUCUGCAUCAUUUGCAUCACCAUUGAAAAGUUUUAUGCUGUUUAGUAAAAGAAAUCAAAAAGAUGAUGAUGAUGAUGAAGAAGAUGAAGAUGAUGAAGAAGAAUACGAUGAAGAAGAUGAUGAUGAUUAUACUGAUGACGAAGUGGAAGAGGAAGAUGAUGAUGAUUACGAUGAAGAAGAUGAAGAUGAAGACGAAGAUGAGGAUCAAGAUGACGAUGAAGAAUAUGAUGAUGAAGAUUUUGAUGAAGAAGAAGAUUUAGAUCAAGAAUUAGAAGAUAAAGCUGCAUUAACAGAAGAUACAACAACUGCUAUAAAAAAUGAAAUACUUGCUUCAGGUUCAACAAAUCUAAUCAAGGCUAGUGAGUUUGAAAACUUAAAAAUAUAG